AUGAAGAACCACUCAGAUGCCAUCCUCUACACAGAGGUCACAGAACUGAGCAAGAAUGAAUUCUGCAACCCUGCCUUUGAACCGGAAGCAGGGCCACCGUGCCUCCCUCCAGCCUUCCAGCAGGAUGGUAGAUGCACCAUCCAAGCUCCCUGGCAUGGCCGGCGUCCCCGAGGGCUGCGACCCGACUGUCAUUUCUCCUGCCUCUGUAUCCUCCUGCUCACCAGCCUGCUGCUCCUGCUGCUCGGGCUGCUGGUGGCUGUCAUCCUCGCUCAGUUGCAGGUUGCACCCCUAUCUGGAACUACUGGGAGCCCAUGGCCCACCCAGAGCCUCGCCACCAUCAACACUGUCUCUGCCACCACCACCACCACCACCAGCACCGCUUCCCCAACAACGACAGGGCAGCAGGAGGCAGACACCAGCCCUAGCCGCCAUGCCACCUGCGGGGGUCUUCUUCCUGGCCCAAGCGGCUUCUUCAGCAGUCCCAACUACCCAGACCCUUACCCACCCAAUGCCCACUGCGUGUGGCAAAUCCAGGUGGCCAAAGACCAAGCCAUACAGCUCAAGAUCGAAGCCCUCGGCAUAGAGGGCGUGGCCUCUUGUCUCUUCGAUCGCCUGGAAAUCUUCACAGAGCCUGAAGGGCCUCUCCUCAGGGUGUGUGGGAGGGUGCCUCCCCCCACACUCAACACCAAUGCCAGCCGCCUCCGAGCGACCUUUGUCUCAGACAGCAGUGUGGAAGGAUCUGGCUUCCAGGCCUGGUACCAGGCUAUGGCCCCUGGACACGGGAGCUGUGUCCAGGAUGAGUUCCAUUGUGACCAGCUCGUCUGCCUGCUACCGGACUCAGUGUGUGAUGGUUUUGCCAACUGUGCCGAUGGUAGUGAUGAGACCAACUGCAGUGCCAAGAUCUCGGGGUGUGGGGGGAACCUGACUGGGCUCCAGGGCACUUUCUCUACCCCCAAUUCUCUACAGCAAUACCCUGUCCAACAGCUUUGCACCUGGCAUAUCUCAGUGCCAGUGGGACAUGGCAUAGAACUCCAGUUCCACAACUUCAGCCUGGAAGAGCACGAUGAGUGCCAGUUUGAUUACGUGGAGGUGUACGAAGGGCACAACCCAGGACCGCUCAGCCUCCUGGGCAGGUUCUGUGGGGCUGAGCCGCCCCGGCCCCUCAUCUCCUCACACCAGCAGCUGGCUGUGCUCUUCAGAACGGCUCAGGGCACCAGCAGCAGGGGCUUCUCAGCCACCUACCGGGCCUUCAACGCCACAGAGAACCCCUGUGGGCCGAGGGAGCUCUGCCAGGAUGGAGGCUGUGGAGCCCUGCGGCUGGCGUGUGACUUGUGGAGACACUGCACAGGAGACCGGGCCACCAACUGCAGCAGCCCCUCCUUCCCGCCCCCAGAGCUAGCCUGCGAGCCUGUCCAGGUGGAGAUGUGUCUCGGGCUGAGCUACAACACCACGGCCUUCCCUAACAUCUGGGUGGGCAUGGCCACCCAGGAGGAGGUGGUAGAGGUGCUCAGAGGCUACAAGAGCCUGACCAGUCUUCCUUGUUACCAGAACUUUCGGAGGCUCCUGUGCGGGCUGCUUGUGCCCCGCUGCACACCCCUAGGCCGCAUCCUUCCUCCUUGCCGCUCCGUCUGCCAGGAGGCAGAGCACCAGUGCCAGUCUAGCCUGGCGCUGCUGGGCACCCCCUGGCCCUUCAACUGUAACAGGCUGCCGGCAGCAGCUGGCAUGGAGGCUUGUGCCCAGCCCUGA